AUGCUCACCACAGAGAAACGAUCGAAAAUUAGCGCUAUCCAUGCGAAACGACAUGACGAUCCGAGCCAGUACAUUGGUACUUACGUACCUCCCGUCCCACCGUGAGU